GAGCGAGCUAACAAAACCACUUCCGCCUCCCCUUUUCCUUUCCUUUCCCUUCCGCCGCUCCUCUCAACCGCCAACCACCAACCCCCAUCCCUCCUCUCCGCCCAUGGCGGAUGACGCCCAGAGAAUGGUUGCGCUGAAGAGGGCGUACGCCGACGUUAUAUUGAACACGGCGAAGGAGUCGGCGGCGCGGAUUUUGGCGGCGGACCGCCGGGUCGUCCAGUCGCAGCAUAGCUUGUCCCUCGCCAAGGAAGAGUCCCUUGCCAUGCUUCUCCGCCUUAAGUCGAUCAUGGACGCCAAGAUUAAAGAUGCAGAAAAUGUGAACUUAUCACAAGCAAGAAGGAUCCAAGAGCUUGAAGUUCAGCUAAGUGAAGCAAAGGAGACAAUCCAUCAUCUUAAUUCUGAAUUGACAAAAGUUAGUUCUGAAGUAGAGAGUGAGAAGAGUUAUCAAAUCGAGUCCUUAGAGGAACAAAGAUCACAUGGCUGUGUCAUUGUUAAUAGAGAUGACUGUCAAGAAGGCAGACAUACUUCAGUUUCGGCACCCUGUUCUCAGGUUGGAGCAAUAUGUUCUCCAAAUUCCGACUUUAAUGUUACCACGUCAAAGCAGAGAACUGCAGACAAACAUCGCUGCUUUGCCAAAUAUACAGCACAAAAUGAACCCUCAAAAGAAAUGGUUGCAUCCGAUGAUUCUGCUGGUAGCCCUGAUUUAGUGUCCAUAAUUUUGAGAAACAAGGAGCUGGAUCUUUAUCGAAAUGGUUGUACCCAAAGAGUACGUGCAUUCGAACAAAAUCUAUUGACUGAGAGAGAGCCAUGUGCACAAAUGCAUGACCAAUUCUUUAAUGCAAAGCGGGAAGCUGUGACAUGUGAUGAUGAUACAGCUGAAAGGCACAGAACUCGAGAUCUUGCCCUGUCAGGGAGGCUAGUAGUACAGGUUCUGGAGCCCCUUGAGUCUGAAGAAGUGGGUCAACAGGGAAAUAUGUGUGAAAAUGAUCACACAGCUAAUAUCUCCUGCCAGCAUCCUUCAGAAAAACCAGGAGUUAGAAAACCUGUUACGAGCAGUGGCGCUUACCAUGAACUACAAGAUCAUGAGCAGUUAGAUAUUAGUGAUUCUAAGGUUGCUGGUCAAAAUAACAUGCCUAGAUCUUGUGAAAAGGAGAGGCAUGAUGGUGAGGGUGCUUUUUCUUGUUUGGUUGAGGCAUCUAGAGGAGAUCACAGAACAUCAAAAGAUGGAAACAUGAAGUUGAAUAAGUUGUCCGAUCAUGUAAUUUCAGGUAGUUUGAAUACCAGUAGAGUAAUGACUAGACGAACUAUGAAACUAUGUGGUGUCAAUGGAGCAAAUGGUUGUGGUGGAUCCACUACAUCUGUCAGUAUAAAUUCUAGUCAAGAAAAUAUUAAAAAAGAACUAGUUACAAUGAACACAUUUGACAUGAAAGAUAGUUCUCUUUUGGUUGCUGAUGUUAAGAAUGAUACCAUUGACACACAGCUGGAGAAAGAAUCAAUGUUAAAAACACUAGAUCAUAAAAUGGCAAAAAAAAUAAAUACUUCUGAUUUAAAAGACAAUCAUGAAAGGAUUGGGGUUCCAUUGACUAGUUAUGAUUCCAAAGAUGAACGAUCAUGUGGAUUAAGCGGACUCCCUCCUGAAGUUGGAAAGGACAGAAUUGUAAAGUAUACUUUUAGGAGGACCAGAAAGAGGAGAUCUCCAGAUAGCAACAAUGAUGAUGUUUUUUUGGAGAAAAUUAAUAUGCCAAAGAGGAAAGCACGCAAAGAAAAUGCCUCUCUGGAGCCUCCGAAACCGAACUUAGUAAAGGAUUCAACCAGAGACAGCAGGAAGAUAGCUCAGGUUGCUCGCCAGCUCAUCGCCUUGUCUGAGAAAAGAUGGUAGAACAGCUGUUAGAAAAUCAAAUGCAGAAAACAUUUACGAGAACUACUGAAGUAAGGAUUUUUCUGCAUCAGUUUGAGGAUGGCUAUAAUUAACUGAUCCGGAUUUUCUAUGCCAAGCAUGCAUGUUGUACCUGAAACUUUAACAAAGCAAGUAAAAAGACCGACAUGAGUUAUUUAUUUUGUAACUUUAUGUGGCUUAUUAUCCUUUUUCUUUCUCAAUAAUGUGGAAUUACUUGUCCUCCCA